GGCUUCCAAUGAUCCCACACUCCGCGUAACCCAAAAAAAAAAAAAAAAAUCUUCGAAACUAUUCUCUUCUAAAACUACCAAUAUCUCUGUGCCUUACUCAGCUACAGAACUACAGCGAGGCCCUUCGGUCCUCGCGAUCUGACCAAACAUCUCUACACGAUUAUCGUACGACGCUCUCCAGACAAAACCCCGUUCAACCCCAACCCUUCCCCAACCCCCCACGCCGCACCUUCGGAAGGGCCAUGUCCGCGCUUAUCAGAGCACUCCCUCUACUUGCCUUUCGCUCCAAACCACUCUUCCUCGCACCCCUCCCUACCUCCCGCACCUUCAAUCUUAAAACACUUCCAAAAAGCAUUUCCUCUGUUUCUGCUUCUCUCACCCCGCCUUCUUCUGCUGAAACCCAGAUAACUGACUCUAAAUUUAAUUCUGCCGUCAAGGACUCUUUUCAAUGGCUCAGUAGAACUGCGCAUUGCGGUAACUUAUCUGUCAAUGAUAUGGGUAAACGGGUUCGUCUCUGCGGCUGGGUUGCUCUGCAUCGGGUUCACGGAGGUCUCACUUUUCUUAAUCUUCGAGAUCAUACUGGUAUCGUUCAGGUUGCAACCCUUCCUAAUGAGUUUCCUGAUGCGCAUUCCACUGUUAAUGAGUUGAGGCUUGAGUAUGUGAUUGCUGUGGAAGGUGUUGUUCGAUCCCGGCCAACUGAAUCUGUUAAUCAAAAAAUGAAGACUGGGAUGAUAGAGGUUGCUGCAGAACAUGUUCAAGUUUUGAAUGCUGUGAGAUCUAAGCUCCCAUUCUUGGUUACUGUUGCAGAUGAUGCAAAAGAUUUUGUUAAAGAGGAUAUCCGUUUGAGAUAUAGGUGUCUUGAUUUACGCCGGCAGCAAAUGAAUUCCAACAUAAUGUUGCGGCAUAAGGUGGUGAAGCUCAUUCGACGAUACCUGGAGGAUGUACAUGGGUUUGUGGAGAUUGAAACUCCAAUACUCUCCAGAUCUACACCAGAAGGUGCCCGAGAUUAUUUGGUGCCCUCCAGAGUUCAACCAGGAACAUUCUACGCUUUGCCCCAAAGUCCCCAACUGUUUAAGCAAAUGCUGAUGGUCUCUGGUUUUGAUAAGUAUUAUCAAAUUGCAAGAUGUUUCCGAGAUGAAGAUCUAAGAGCAGAUAGACAACCUGAGUUCACGCAGCUAGAUAUGGAGCUGGCUUUCACUCCUCUGGAUAACAUGUUGAGGCUCAAUGAAGAUUUAAUUAGACAGGUUUUUCUAGAAAUCAAAGGUAUUCAGCUGCCAAUCCCUUUCCCAAGACUGACUUAUGCUGAAGCAAUGAGCAGAUAUGGUUCAGACAGGCCAGAUGUUCGAUUUGAUCUUGAGUUAAAAGAUGUAUCUGAUGUUUUUCAAGAGUCCCCUUUCAAGGUUUUUGCAGAUGCCUUGGCAAAUGGGGGAAUAAUUAAAGCUUUAUGUGUGCCUUCAGGUGCAAAAAGAUAUUCGAACACGGCGCUCAAGAAAGGAGAUAUUUACAAUGAAGCAAUUAAGUCUGGUGCAAAGGGGUUGCCUUUCCUGAAGGUCUUAGACAAUGAGGAAAUUGAAGGGAUUCCUGCAUUAGUAUCAAGUAUUGAUGCAACAAAGAAAGAUCUGUUGCUGAGACGGUGCUUUGCGGGACCGGGUGAUCUUAUCUUAUUUGGAGUGGGUCACCAUACUUUGGUUAAUAGAACUUUGGAUCGACUUAGGGUAUUUGUAGCCCAUGAUCUGGAUUUGGUUGACCAUUCCAGGCAUUCAGUUCUAUGGGUAACUGAUUUUCCAAUGUUUGAGUGGAACAGUUCCGAGCAGAGGCUUGAGGCCUUGCAUCACCCAUUCACUGCUCCCAACCCUGAAGAUAUGGGAGAUCUUUCCUCUGCUCGUGCUCUAGCUUAUGACUUGGUUUACAACGGAAUUGAGAUUGGUGGAGGAAGUUUGAGAAUUUAUAAGCGUGAGGUCCAAGAAAAGGUUUUGGAACUUGUGGGCAUAUCUCCUGUUGAGGCUGAGGCAAAGUUUGGAUAUCUUCUGGAUGCCUUGGAUAUGGGUGCUCCUCCGCACGGGGGAAUUGCUUAUGGGUUGGAUAGACUGGUGAUGAUGUUGGCCGGUGCCAAUUCCAUCAGGGAUGUCAUUGCUUUCCCAAAAACUACUGCCGCCCAGUGUGCCCUUACAAAGGCACCGUCAGAGGUGGAUCCCCAGCAGCUGAAAGAUCUUUCUAUUGGGACUCGGCAGUUAUAACCUUAACACAAUGUUUGGUAUGUGGGAAUGGAAUGAACUGGGCAUGGAAUGGAAUGAAAAAGCUUACCGUGAAUUUAUUCAAUUAUAAAGAUCAAUACCAUUUCAUUGCGUUCUUUAAAUUUUACUGUGAAUUUAAAAGCUUGUUUCUUUCAUAGGAAUGGAGUGAAAUAUAAUGGAAUGAAGUCAAAUUUAUGAUUUGAUGCUUA